AGAGCGUUGACGUUGGUUUUCACGGCCACCGUCAGAUUUUUAACAUUGAGCAACAACUUUAAAAUAUUAGCCAAGCAAAAAAUAAAAUAAAAUAAUAAAGGGUAAAAACGUGACUAAGUCAGUGUAAAACAGCGACUUCAGCAACACAUGGACACCUCUGAGGAGACAAAUAACCAAACGGCUGCAGAGCAGGGGUUUUUUGCUGUAUCAGAAGAGGAGCUGGUUGAGGCCAAGAGAAAAAGCACAUUCAAACGGCUUUUUGGCUCCAGUAAAAUCUUUCAAGCAUACACAGAAAAAUGCCCUGAAAGACCAAACCUGCAGGGGAGCUUCAUCGUUCAGAGCAAGGCCAUCGACCAGACAUCAGUUUGUUAUCGUGAUGUGAAGUCAGCGUUGGCGUUGAACCUGACCUGUCCAGUGGCUAAAGCGCUGCUGCAGCGGCUGUGGGAAGUGAGUGAAUGGGCGAGGCAAUGGGCUGUGGACAUAGCUCUCUGUGGAGAGAUGCCCGAAGCCCUCUCCAUGAUUAAUAUAGCCCACAGCCCAGAGGACGGACGUCUCUACGUGUUCAGAGGGACUAUGUAUAGACGCACAAAGAACUUUAUAGUAGCCAUCGAGGAUAUGGCGGCUGUGGAGCUGGGUGAAGAGGAGGAGAAGGAGGGGCAGGAGGAAGUCAGAAGUCAGGUGGAGGUUGGAGAAGAUAAUGCUGAGAGUUGCUCUGUGCAGAAGAAGGCACAGUUUCAGCUGGCUCUCAUCUACAAUGAUUGCCUCUAUGCUCAGGCAACCCUGCUUCUCAAUAAGGCCAUCGAGGAGGAGAAGGACCAGGCAGGCCUAUACCUGAACCGAGGAGCUUGUACAAAAUGCUGCUGCACGGCUAUUGACUGGAACACGUAA